AUGGGCAGAAACCCCAGUAAUGGUAAAGAUGGAUUGAAGUUCAAGAAAAUAGCUUGGACAGUCGUUGAAGACCAAAUCCUCAUCGAUUACGUCAAAGAUCAUGGUCAAGGGAGAUGGCAUAAAGUUCGUAAGGCAACAGGCCUCAAGAGGUGUGGAAAGAGCUGUAGGCUCCGGUGGUUAAAUUACCUAAAACCAGAUGUCAAGAGAGGAAACAUAUCACCUGAAGAAGAAGAGCUCAUCAUUAGGCUCCAUAAGCUCCUGGGUAACAGGUGGGUUCUUAUCGCGGGAAGGCUUCCUGGCCGGACAGACAAUGAGAUAAAGAAUUACUGGAAUACCACCAUAAAGAAGAAGCUAGUCCAAGACAACGACAACCCACCAAUGAAGUCAAAGUGCGAGGAUGAUAAGCUCACAAAGAACAAGCCCCUGGACGAGACUGCGGCGGUCGAAUUACGAUGCAAUUCGCAUUGUGACAGUAAGCCGGGUAAUACAGACGGUAUUGUUUCAGAUAGAAUGACAGAACCGGUUGAAGGAAAGGGUCAGGGAGGAGAUCGCGAGGACGACAUGAUUUCAUGGGAAAACAUGAUGAUGGACCUCAAUGUGGAGGAUAUGAGGACGUCCGAGAAUCAGCACUCUGAGCUCUUUGAAGGCAAUGAAGAUGGAGGGAAUCAAAACGGGUGGACUUCUGAUGAAAUGCUUUCUAAAUGGGUUGCUGAGUUGAUGGGGUGA